GAUAUGUAAUGCAUUUUAGGUUUUAUUGUUCUGUGGUUCUGUCUGUGCAUUCUCUACUGUCAAAAGUAUGAAAUCUUCUCGGGGUUGCUCCUAGUUCUAGUGAAAUGUGUGAUAAUACGAUGAACCGAAGAUGUUAGGAUACUAUGGACCUUUUAUGUCAUUCUUAUGUAUCGGCACACUAUUUACGCAUGUCUAGAGGUGAGGCAGUGCUUGUAGAAUGAUAACAAUUAAUCUUUAAUACAGUUAUAUGUGAUACAAAAUGGGUAACCAAAACAGUUGCUGUUGUUACCGCAGUCCGUCACCGAUCAGAAAGGACAUCGUCAAGCUAGAAGACUAUCUUCCAGAAGGUGAAGUAAGCUCCAAUAAUAUUCAGCACAUCAGUGAGAGAGAGCCUGAUGAUGGCGAUAUCGACCCUUCCCAAGAUCCCAUCGCUGGAACCAUUUUUAUGGAACGCUCCAAAGCAUCUAUAGAAAAUGGAAUGACCAGAAAACGCAGUCAACAUCAAAUCGCUGAUAAUAAGCUCAAAAAAAGCAGUUCCUGUUCGACUAUUUAUUUAGAUGAUAGUACUGUAUCCCAGCCUAACCUGAAGAACACAGUCAAGUGUGUAGCCCUUGCUAUUUACUAUCAUAUAAAGAACAGAACAUCAGAGCGCAGGUUAGACAUAUUUGAUGAGAAGCUCCACCCUCUCAGUAAAGAAGGAGUAAGUGAUGAUUAUGACAAAUAUAACCCUGAGCACAAACAAAUCUACAAGUUUGUAAGAACACUGUUCAAUGCUGCCCAACUGACAGCUGAAUGUGCUAUUAUCACUUUGGUGUACCUGGAGCGCCUUCUAAUAUGUGCUGAGCUGGACAUUGCUCCAUCUAAUUGGAAGAGAAUAGUGUUGGGAGCUAUCUUAUUAGCAAGUAAAGUGUGGGAUGACCAAGCUGUUUGGAAUGUGGACUACUGCCAGAUCUUAAAAGACAUCACCGUGGAGGACAUGAAUGAGCUGGAGAGGCAAUUUUUGGAAAUGUUGCAAUUUAAUAUCAAUGUACCAUCUAGUGUAUAUGCUAAAUACUAUUUUGAUCUUCGCACACUUGCUGAAGCCAAUGAUUUGGCAUUCCCCAGUGAACCAUUAAGUAAAGAGAGAGCACAAAAAUUAGAGGCAAUGUCUAGGGUGAUGGAAGAUAAAAUAGCCGCUGAAGUGGUGAAGAAUGGCAUUAAGAAAUGGUCAAGCUUAGACAAUGUCAAUUCAGGUGCUGGCGUAAGGCGGAGUGUAGCCAUAUUGUCAUAAUUGAUUAGUCAUGAGCCAAAAUUGAGAUCCAAAAUGAAUCACAAAUUAACAGAUAAUAUUUGUGUAUUUUAUAAGAAUGUAUUGUAUUUAGAAGUUUUGCACCCGAUGAAUGUUAAUUUACUAUUCAGCCUUAAGUUACAAUAUUUAAGUAUUGAUUAAUACUUGACAUCAACUGCCAACUUUUGCCUUGAUAAUAAUGGCUUGAUGGUGUAUCUUCAAAUGUGAUUAGUAUAAGUUUUAUUUGACAUUUUGAUUUUAAUGAAAUGACAAAUGUAAAAUUUCCACUUAUUUUGAAGAUACAUCACCAGGCAGAAGGUAGUGAAAUCAAUAGUAUGGGGUAUUUUAUACCAGUUUUAUAACUAACUCUUGUAAGUCUUAAAGAUUACACUGAAUAAUAUGAGAAUGUAAUUAAUUUUGGUAUGUGCACAAAUGCUUUAUAUUGGCAGUGCAAUAAGUUUUGUAUGCUCAUAAAUUUAAUAAUUAUGUAGUCACUAAAAUGAAAGACUUGUUGGUGGUCCAAACAUUUUUUUUAUGAAUUAUUAUAAUAUGCUAAUUUGCUACACAAAAUAUGUUACAGUCUAUUACUGAUUGGCUUCCAAUACUAUUUUAUCCUUAUACAUAGUUAGGUUUAACUCGUAAAGCACUAAUGUUAGGUUGCUUUCAAAACUAUGCUACUUAGUGUAUACUACUUAGAUGUACUAGUAUGUGCAACUGCAUUUUGACUGAACUAAGGAUCUUGUGAUUGUGGUAUGAAUGUAUUAGUCAACCGCUGUUCUUUUGUAUAAUUUUACAUUGUCAUAUUACUGCAUUUAAAAUUCUGAGCUAGUUAUAAAUUUAUGCCAAAUUGUUAUUUUGUAUAUCAAAUUAUAUUAGUAUCUUUAUAGACAGACAUACAUAUUAUAAUAACCUACAACAAUUAUUGAAAUGGAUAAUAAAUUUACUUAUAGCAAUGGAAAUAAUGUGGAUAAUUGUUUUUAUUUAAUUGAUAUGAAAUUAUUGAAUUCAAUGUUUCAUGAUUAUUUAGAUUGUGAAUUGUGAUUGAAUUAUACAAUCCAUAUAUGUAUCUUUAAUGUAAUUAAGCAGAAAUAAACAUUUUAUAUGAGACUUUUAAA